AUGUCGCCUCUUGCAGUAUCAGCUCUACUCUAUUUACUCUACAAUGGUCUAGGCAAGAAAGCCAAACAAGAAAUUCUGGAGAUGCUCGAAAUGAAGAAGAAGGAUAUUCGCAAAGUUGCAAAAGAAUUCGAUGAGCUUCUGGCUGCGUUUGAAAACUGGCGCAAAGCAGCUGCCCAGAAUUUAGUGCUCGCAUUCGACGCUUACAUGGAUGCCGCAUGCAAAAUCAGCACUGAUUGUAAUAAGCUUAUUGAAAGUACAUUCGGCAAACAGGCACAAAAUAUGGACAUCAAUCGGUUUCUGAAAACAGUUGAACAAUCAAGGGUACCUUCUUUGGGAAAGCUGUCGAUUGGUGAUGCCAGAUUAACUGCCAUUGCAAUUGCUGCUGUGGAAGUUUACGAGUACAGUAUACAACCUUUCGAAGCGCACUAUGGAAUGAAACGGGAACAGCUGUAUAUCCUGAUCCGAGCUCCAUUAAGAUUUUACAACAAUGUUGAGUACGAGUGCUGGUGCGUGCCACUGCGGGCUGUAGAUGACAGCAAACCGGAACCCAUUCAGUUUGACUUGUUUCUUAUCCGUCCUCGGCGGAAAGGCGAAGUUAUUUACCUGCAGAAGCGUUUUGACGAAUACAAGUUGCAUGAGCUAUUAUCUGGCAUUGACAGCUGUAAGGUUGCGGAGCACACAAUACUUGUACCUCAGGUACUACUACCCUGUCAAGAAAAUGAGUAA